GUUAUCUCAGUAAUAAAAUAUAGUCUACAUUCCUUUUAUUACAGUAUUAUCUUGCAAAAUAAAAAACGAUUUGAUUGAUUGAUUGAACUUGGAACUUAAAAAUGCAUAGAAGUAUAUGCAUCAUCUUUUGCGCACAAUUUAUCCUGUCAAUUGCAGCUGGUGGAAGUAGAGAUGGCAAUGAAAUACCAAAUACUGAUGAUAAUAUUCGAAAGUUUCGAAGUGGAAGAGUUAAUCAAGUCUGGGAAAAAGCAGAAAAGAUGAAGCUUCCAGCACUGAAGAUGACAGAUUUGUACGCUGAUUUGAAACACCAUGAUCGACUAUUGAUGGAACACAAACGAAAUAAAGUUAAUCAAGGUGAAGAUGACGGUCUCAAAGAAGCAGAGCUCACUGAUGCCCUCCAUGAGAUCAUGCUGAAAUAUGGUCUGGCUGGAAAAAAGAGAAUAAAACCACAACAGAAGCGGGAAAAAAUGUCUACAGAUACCAGGUUUCUAGAGGAUCCCAAGUUGGAUAAACUGUGGCAAACAGCAAACAAACAUGGAAAGUUUACGGAUGAUGAACUAAAAAGUCUUCACAUGGAGUUCAUUCACCACAGAAAGAAAGUAGAAGAAUAUGAAUUGUUAAAAUCAGAAACUUCACAAACUGAUGACAUGUCUGACAAUGCUGUCGAAAAGCAAGUCAAGAUAGAGGAGAAUAAUUUGAAGCGGGAAAAAAUGACUGAAAUUUUAGGAGACAUAAAAGAAGGAUAUGAGAGGUUACAUUUGAAAACAAAGCAAGGCACAUUGGAUGGAGAAUCUGUUCCUUUUACUGAACCAAGAGUUGCUAAUCUUUGGGAAGAAGCAAUGAAUGGAAAUUUUACUGAACAAGAACUUGAUUCUAUAAAAGAAGAACUUCAUCAUUUUCAAACACGAAUUCAAAAACAUUUGUUUUUUAGGGAUCAAUUGAAAAAUUCAGUUCAAAAAGUUGAAUAUCAUGGUGGAAAAGAAGCAGCACCUACAGAACAUAUUGAAGUGCAUGAUCAUUUACAAAAUAAAGUACAGGAUCUGGCAGCAAAGGUUAAGAAAAUGCACCAUGAUAUAUCAAAAAAGCUUUCUAGUGGAAGUGUAUCACACAGAGAAUUAUGAUGACUUCUGACAUUAUCGGCGAGAUAGCAAAACCUGCAUUCGGUACAGAAUACACAACUGUUGAUAUAUAUACCAUUUGCAAAGCGUUUCCUAUGUAACCUGACUCAUGUAUGUAUGUAACACUCAUCCAGAUUUGUUAUACACACUCAACUGCAAUGAAAAAAUGAUUUGUUGUGAUGUUAAUCAAAAGUAUCCUAAAUUAUGUUCCCACAUGUCGUACAGAAUUUACAGCGCAAAUGUUGAUAUAUAUACCAUGUGCACAAGUGUUAUCUGUUUAGCAUUAUUGAGAUUGCCUGACAACUCAUUCAGCUUCACGUUAUACACACUCAACUGCAAUGAAUAAAUGAUUUGUUGCGAUGUAAAUCAACUCAUGUUUCACCAUCCAUUCUUCUCAUUAUUUAUCACUUUACCUUGAUUGUUAUUUCAUUAUGAUGUCACACAAUUAAAUUAGGGAUUAUUUUUGCAGCAUGAUAAAUGUUAUCAUUUCUCAUAACAAUUUCGUCCCAUUGCCUUUCUAUUUCUUUUUUAAUUUUUGCCACAAACUUUACAAUUAUCUACAUGUAAAUCCAUGUCAUGGCUGUUUUUUUUAUUCUUCAUCAUUUACCUUAUGACGCAGAAUCUAAUAAUAAUAAUAUGCCAAUUAUGUAUGUAACUUGUUUUCGUGGUUUCGCUUGUUAUUUGU